GUAUAAUUAAUGCGACGAAUGUCGAUUCAUUAGUAUUGCAUUGAUAAUUGUACGAAAAUUUGUCAUUUUAUUAUUUAAAUUAACUUGAUAUUCCUUGAUAUUUCGAUUGAUGUAAGAUCGCUCGAAAUUUUUUGAAAUCCUUAUCAUUUAUAGAGUCACUCUUCGCAUUGCGGUUCAAUUUGUCUCCUUGAUAUCGACCUUCGCUCAUCGUUACGUCAUCUAGCGUGCACAGUUCGUCCUCGAUUGCUGUAAUUAUCUAAUAGCAAUUAUAGAGAAAACGCAGGGAUGAUUGUGUUUCACGAAUUGCUGCAACCGAAUGUAAUUCAAAUCAUUAGGUCGAAAAAAAUGUUUAUAUGCUAUUAAUUAUUAUUAUUAUUAUUAAUUAGUUUAAUAUUAUUGUGUAAUUUUGUCGAAAAAAGAUCAAGACUAUCUCAUCAAUUUGUAGCUCUCAAAAUAAUGCGUCAGAAUUGCUUGUGAGAUAAAUCUUGUAUAGUAAAUUUAUAAAGCACACAGUCACGACAAUAGAUAUAACAAUAUUGAUAAUAAAUAGUAGAACAUAUCGUUUUGCGACACUUAGCUCGAUCCGCUCCGUUUGAAUUUGGCGAUUUCUCAAUAAUCAAACCCCCUGUGAGGAGAGUAACUUCUACGCGCAGCAUCCGACUGGAUCGAUGACAAAUCUGUGACUACAUCCCUCGCUCGCGCUCGCGCUUUAUCUCGAGGCAUUAGUACUUGGGCUGUUCCACGGUACACUUUCCUUGGGUGCGGAUCGGUUUUGAUAUGUGACAAAUAGUAGAUCCCGAUUGGAUCCUUGGAGAUCCGUCUCGCCCAGAGAAUCGGAUGAGAAGUUCAAGAUAGGGCGUAUAUUAUAAAGUGUCGAGAAAUAUACGUGACUGCACAAUGAAGAAAUUGCACGUAAGGACUGUGCUAUCACUCAUCUUUAUUAUUUUACACAACGCUCCGCGUUUAGGACUUGCCAUUGCCAAGUCAUCGAACUACAAUAAUCCAAGUUUUUUCAAGAUUGGCGGUGUCCUUUCCAACAAUGCGAGUAAAGCGCACUUCGCAACUACGGUCGACAAUCUCAAUUUCAAUUUCCAAUACGUCAAUAAAGGGGUCAUAUUUAAGCAUACGGUAAUUGAGAUGGAUUCCAACCCGAUCCGAACUGCACUAAGCGUUUGCAAAUCUUUGAUAGCUGAACAGGUGUACGCGGUAGUAGUGUCACAUCCGCUUAUCGGUGACUUGUCACCGGCUGCGGUUUCCUAUACCAGUGGCUUUUAUCACAUACCAGUGAUUGGCAUAUCGUCCAGGGAUUCCGCCUUCUCGGACAAAAAUAUCCACGUCUCAUUUUUGCGCACUGUACCACCGUAUUCGCAUCAGGCAGAUGUCUGGGUGGAAUUGUUGAAGCAUUUCAACUAUAUGAAGAUUAUCUUUAUCCACAGCUCUGAUACAGAUGGUCGAGCACUCCUCGGACGUUUUCAGACAACGUCGCAAAAUUUAGAAGAUGAUGUAGAAAUCAAAGUGAUCGUUGAAUCAAUUAUCGAGUUUGAACCGGGAUUGGACAACUUUUUGGAGCAAUUGAUGGAGAUGAAAGGCGCACAAGCGAGAGUUUGUCUCAUGUAUGCUUCGAAAACGGAUGCAAGAGUGAUCUUCAGGGAUGCUGCCGCUUUGAAUAUGACUGGUGCAGGCUAUGUGUGGAUCGUUACCGAGCAGGCAUUGGACGCACCGAAUGCGCCAGAGGGCUUAUUAGGAUUAAAGUUAAUUAAUGCCACUCAAGAGAAAUUACACAUCACCGAUAGUUUACACGUACUCGUAUCUGCCUUACGAGCGAUGAAUGAGACAGAAAAAAUCACCGAGGCGCCAAAAGAUUGUAGCGAUUCCGGUUUUAUAUGGGAAACUGGCAAAAACCUUUUCCAAUACAUUCGCAAGGAAGUACGAUCACAGGGUUCAACAGGUCGAGUUGCAUUCGACGAUAAUGGUGAUCGUAUAUUCGCCGAGUACGACAUAGUCAACAUUCAGUAUGCAAGUCCAGACAAUAAGACGCAAGUGUCUGUCGGCCAGUAUUUUUAUCCUGCUAAUGGUACUAAGAUGAAGUUGCGAGUGAACGAAUCCAACAUCAUAUGGCCUGGUCGUUUGAAGACUAAACCCGAGGGUUUCAUGAUACCGACGCAUCUGAAGGUGCUGACGAUCGAGGAGAAGCCGUUCGUUUAUGUUCGCGAAUUAGUCGAUGGAGAGACCAAAUGCAUGGUCGAGGAAAUCGCGUGUCCUCAUUUCAACACAACAGAUGGUGAAAAUACACGGAUGUUUUGUUGUAAAGGAUACUGUAUAGAUUUAUUAAAAGAAUUAUCGAAAAUGAUCAAUUUCACAUACAGCUUGGCUCUGUCGCCUGAUGGUCAGUUUGGCAGUUACAUGAUCAAAAACAGUUCAAUCGGAGGAAGGAAAGAAUGGACUGGUCUUAUCGGCGAGAUAGUAAACGAGCGGGCCGACAUGAUCGUUGCACCGUUGACAAUCAAUCCCGAACGUGCCGAGUUUAUCGAAUUUAGUAAACCAUUUAAAUAUCAAGGGAUCACUAUUCUCGAAAAGAAGCCUUCAAGAUCGUCUACUCUGGUUUCCUUCUUACAACCGUUCAGCAAUACCCUUUGGAUUUUGGUGAUGGUAUCGGUGCAUGUAGUGGCACUGGUUUUGUAUUUGCUAGAUCGAUUUUCACCCUUCGGUAGAUUCAAAUUAGCGAACACCGAUGGUACUGAAGAAGAUGCUCUCAAUCUAUCCAGUGCUAUCUGGUUCGCUUGGGGCGUAUUAUUAAACAGCGGUAUAGGGGAAGGCACUCCACGAAGUUUUUCUGCGCGCGUAUUAGGAAUGGUGUGGGCCGGAUUCGCUAUGAUCAUUGUUGCAUCGUACACUGCUAAUUUAGCUGCGUUCCUCGUUUUGGAACGACCUAAGACUAAACUCACCGGCAUCAAUGACGCUCGACUCAGAAAUACGAUGGAGAAUUUGACAUGCGCGACAGUGAAGGGCUCCGCCGUGGAUAUGUAUUUCAGACGCCAGGUAGAAUUGUCCAACAUGUAUCGCACGAUGGAGGCGAAUAAUUAUGACACUGCCGAAGAAGCGAUUCACGAUAUUAAAAUCGGAAAAUUAAUGGCUUUCAUUUGGGAUAGCUCGCGAUUGGAAUUUGAAGCUGCUCAAGAUUGUGAGCUGGUGACAGCUGGUGAACUAUUUGGUCGCUCAGGUUACGGGAUUGGUUUACAGAAAGGGUCACCCUGGGCAGAUGCAGUGACAUUAGCGAUCCUAGAUUUUCAUGAAAGUGGUUUUAUGGAAGGCCUUGACAAUCUCUGGAUUUUACACGGUAAUGUGCAACAAUGCGAACAGUUUGAGAAAACGCCAAACACCCUCGGUUUAGAGAACAUGGCAGGGGUGUUUAUUGUCGUUGGUGUUGGUAUUGGUGGUGGAGUUGGUCUAAUUAUAAUCGAGAUGGUAUACAAGAAACAUCAAAUACGCAAGCAAAGGAAAAUGGAGCUAGCAAGACAUGCUGCUGAUAAGUGGCGAGGGAUGAUCGAGAAACGGAAAACUCUGCGAGCGUCAAUUCAGAGCUGUCAGCGAAGGAUCCAGAGCAAUGGUCUGAAUGAUCCCGCGACAGUGAGUUUGGCGGUCGAUACGGUUGCCAGGUCAAACGUAGGCUCGCGCAGUCCUGGUCGCGCCUGGCCAGGUGACAGCGACCUGAGACAACGGCCAAUAUCUCGCUCUGACGAUAUCCGAUUAUCGCCAGCCGCCUAUACCGCCGACGUGUCGCACCUCAUAGUCUAAUCUCACAUUAAUUUGUAGUUUUUUACCGAAUAAGAAGUAUUGUGUCUUAACUGCUUCUAGUAGAUUACAAUAAGAUAUUUCCUCAGCAAAAUAUGAGGGUAAGGAUAUAUUUAAAAUGGUGGAUGUAUUUGAGAUAAUUAAUCGUCCGCUCGUUAGAUGUUUAUAGAAGAUUGCCAUGAAAUAUCUUAAGAAAGUUUGUGAAAUAUAUUUAUUGUUAUUGCAUAUAAAAUGUUGGUUUGUAUAAAUCGUUGAUUUUGUAUAAAUAAUUUUCAAACAAGUUUCGAGAACA